GUCAGUCAACUUAUUCUUUCUACUGCUAUAUAAGCAGGCUACGCACUGUGUGAAGACAUUCUUGUGUAAAAAGAAAGAAACACAUCCAGCUCUUGAACGAACAACCCAACCUUUAUACUUAACAGGAGACUGGAGACCAUAACAUAACACGAUGGAAGAGUUUGACGACCCCAAAAAAUUGAAAUACAUAGAAGAGGUACAGCAAAAUGGACACAAUAAUCCAGCUUUUGAACACGAUGACAAAAAUGGCACACUUCAGAAUGAAAAGGUCACGAAGGAUAAAGGAAACACAGCCGUGGUUGGGUAUUUUGAGCUGUUCUGCUUUGCUGACAAGUGGGAUAUUCUCUUAAUGGUUCUUGGCCUUUUAUGUGCAUUGGCCUCUGGAACUGGACUCCCCAUCAUGAUUAUAGUGUUUGGAGAGAUGACAGAUGCCUUUGUUAAAAGUGGCAUUCCUGCAAAUGUUUCUCAGCUUAAUAUGACUAUGGCUACUUCUACUGACUGUUCUAAAGCAGGAGACAUUGACAUUGAGGCAGAGAUGACAAAGUAUUCAUAUUAUUACAUUGGCAUUGGUGCUGCUGUGUUUGUCUUGUCCGUUGGUCAAAUCUGGACAUUCUUGUUAUCGGCCACAAGACAGUCUCAUAGAAUCCGACAAAAGUUUUUCAAGGCUGUGCUUCACCAGGAGAUGUCAUGGUUCGACGCUAACCAGAUUGGAACAUUAAACAACAGACUGACAGAGGAUAUUAAUACUAUACACGAGGGGCUUGGCGACAAGAUUUGCAUAUUUGUGCAAUUCUUAGCAACUUUUUUAGCUGGAAUUAUAAUAGGGUUUGUGAAAGGCUGGAAACUUACACUGGUGAUCUUAUCAGUAAGUCCUCUUCUCGGAAUAUCUGCAAUGGUGUGGACUAAGUUACUUACCUCUUAUACAAUAAAAGAAUUAGCGGCUUACGCAAAAGCUGGUGCUGUGGCUGAAGAAAUCCUUACAGCCAUAAGAACUGUUGUGGCUUUCAAUGGACAAGAAAAAGCAUUGUCCAGAUACAAUACUAACCUAGUAGAUGCUAAAAAAGUUGGUAUAAGAAAGUCAAUAACAACAAAUACUUCGAUGGGACUCACACAGUUUUUCAUAUUUGGAGCGUAUGCACUGGCUUUUUGGUAUGGAACAAAACUGACCAUAGAAGAGCCGGAGAACUACUCAAUUGGCACAGUUUUAAUUGUAUUUUUCUCUGUUCUUAUUGGAACUUUUUCCCUCGGACAAGCUGCUCCAAAUGUUGAGAGCAUUUCAAAUGCUAGGGGCGCUGCCUACGAAGUAUACAAAAUCAUAAACCAGUAUCGUCCAAUUGACAGUAGCUCUGAAGAUGGCCACAAACCGGACCGGCUAAUUGGACAGAUUGAAUUUAAAAAUAUACAUUUUACCUACCCUAGCAGACCAGAAUCACAAAUUCUGAAAGGACUUAAUCUUAAAGUGGAAGCUGGAAAGACUAUUGCUCUUGUUGGAUCCAGUGGAUGCGGAAAGAGCACUACAAUUCAGUUACUGCAGAGAUUCUAUGAUCCACAAGUUGGGGAGGUCACUGUGGAUGGACAUGACAUCAGAACGCUCAACGUGAAAUGGUUACGAGAAAAUAUAGGUGUGGUGAGUCAGGAGCCCAUCCUGUUUGGAACAACUAUCAAAGAAAAUAUUCGCUAUGGAAGAGAAUGUGUUACAGACGAAGAAAUUAUACAAGCAACGAAAGAAGCAAACGCCUAUGACUUUAUAUCAAAACUUCCAGAUACGUUUGACACAAUGGUAGGUGAAAGAGGAGCCCAACUUAGUGGAGGCCAAAAACAGAGAAUAGCCAUUGCACGUGCCCUUGUACGGAACCCAAAAAUCCUUCUACUAGAUGAAGCAACAUCUGCUCUGGAUACACAAAGUGAAUCUGUUGUUCAGUCUGCUCUUGAUAAGGCAAGAGCUGGCCGCACCACAAUUGUAAUAGCUCAUCGGCUGUCGACCAUCAGAACAGCAGAUGUCAUUGCUGGUUUCCACAAUGGUGUUGUGGUAGAACAAGGAUCACAUGAAGAUCUCAUGAAUAAACAAGGAGUUUACUAUUCCCUUGUGAUGUUGCAGAAUCACGGGGAAAAAAAAGCAGAAGAAGUGGAAGAGGAGGAAUCGGAGGAGGAUACAGAUGGACAAGAGUUUGAGUAUGAUGAUGAAGAUGAUAACAAUGAUAAUCUACAGGAAGUCAUCUCACCAGAUUCUCCUGGAAAUGAGAUAGUACGAAGAGAAAGCUUACGUAGAUCAAGCAAAAGAAAAAGCAGAACUUCUUCAAAACGGAAAUCUAAAUCAAAACCCAGCGAUGGAAAACCAAAAGAGGUGGAAGAAGAUCUCCCUAAUGUUUCUUUGGGUCGAAUUUUGGCCUUGAAUUCUCCCGAGUUACCUUACAUCGUCUUUGGCAUUAUAGCCUCUGCAAUAUCUGGGGGAAUAUAUCCAACAUUCGCAGUGAUCUUUGGAAAAGUUAUUGGGGCUUUUAGUGAACAAGACUUGAAUAAAAAGAGUCAACAAACCAUAUUACUAUCUCUGAUGUUUCUUGCCCUGGGAGUUAUAAGUCUUAUUGUGCACAUCGUAAUGGGCUUUACUUUUGGUAUUUCUGGAGAAAAUCUGACCAUGAGAUUGAGAAAUCUAUCAUUUAAGGCACUUCUACGACAGGAAAUUGGGUUCUUUGAUGAUCAUUCAAAUGCAGUUGGUGUCUUACUCACAAGGCUUGCCACAGAUGCCUCUCAGGUCAAAGGGGCUACCGGCAGCCGCAUGGGAUUGAUCACGAUGACAAUUUGCACUCUGCUGGCCGCCAUCAUAAUUGCAUUCGUUUAUGGUUGGCAAUUAACACUUCUUAUUUUGGCCUGCAUACCUUUUCUCAUUGGUGCAAAUUUUAUUAGGAUGAAAUCUAUGGCUGGUCACGCAUCAAAGGAUCAAAAAGCCUUAGAGGAAGCUGGAAGAAUUUCAACUGAGGCUGUUGAAAAUAUAAGAACAGUUGUCUCACUCACAAGAGAGCCAACCUUUUAUGAAAAAUACAAUUCAAGUCUGGAAGGACCCUACAAAGAUUCCAUUAACAAAGCUGUCAUUUACGGACUAACAUACGCAGUUUCUCAGUCAAUGAACUACUUUGUCAAUGCGGCUGUCUUCCGGUUCGGUGCUUGGUUGAUUGCUCAUUGCUACAUGCAGUUUGAGAAUGUGUUCAUAGUAUUCUCGACAAUUAUUUUUGCGGCUAUGAAUGUUGGACAGUCUUCUUCUCUGGCACCGGAUUUUGGAAAAGCAAGAGUGAGCUCCCAACGCAUCAUGAAGCUGUUAGACAGAAAACCACUUAUUGACAGCUACAGCGAGGAAGGGGAUAGCCUGAGUUCAUUUGAAGGAAACAUCGAAUUCAAGGAUGUCAAAUUUAUAUAUCCAACAAGACCGAAAGUUAUGGUGCUUCAGGGUCUGAAUGUUAAAGUUUCUAAAGGGCAGACGCUCGCUUUGGUUGGAAGCAGUGGUUGUGGAAAAAGCACUUCUGUUCAGUUACUUGAGAGAUUUUACGACCCAAUAGAUGGACAAGUGAUUGCAGAUGGCUUUGAUACUAAAUCUUUAAAUUUGAAGUGGCUGAGGUCUCAGAUGGGAAUUGUGUCACAGGAGCCCAUGCUCUUUGACUGUAGUAUCGCAGAAAAUAUUCAAUAUGGUAUCCUUGGAAAAGACGCGACCCAGGAGGAAAUUGAAGAAGCCGCAAGAGCUGCAAACAUCCAUACUUUCAUUGAAAAUUUACCUGAUGGAUACAACACACGUGUUGGUGAUAAAGGUGCUCAGCUUUCAGGAGGACAGAAGCAACGUAUUGCAAUUGCACGUGCGCUAAUUCGAAAGCCAAAAGUACUCCUUUUAGAUGAAGCUACUUCCGCCCUAGACACCGAAAGUGAAAAGAUUGUGCAACAAGCACUGGAUGAUGCUAGACAGGGUAGAACUUGUGUAGUUAUUGCGCAUCGACUCUCGACAGUACAGAAUGCAGACAUCAUUGCAGUGAUACAGAAUGGAAGAGUAAUUGAACAAGGAACACACUUCCAACUUCUGUCAAAACAAGGAGCAUAUUAUGCACUUGUCAAUUCACAAGUCCAACACUGACAAAGACUAGUACUUUUGCAAUAACAAAACCAGCUUUUCUGUUGGUGAUAUGAAUUCCUAACCUGAUUAGACUCUUCAGAUGUUCAGGUUCCCUACCAAAGACCUCUGUGAGACUAACCCUCUUGGAGACCACUCUAAGGAUUUAAUAUGGUAGCUAUAGUCCUGCUGUCUAACAGCAGAGCUGCAUUUGCAUAUGGCACUUCCUAUUGUCCCACUUUAUGAAGACACAAGGACUUUCAAAGACUAAAACAUGUGGUUUGAAAACAUCAGCAGCCCAUUUCAAACUUUAUGGCCAGUGACUCCUUUCUAGUGUGACAAUUGUUCA